CCUCGGCGCUCGCACACCGAGAGAGCUUCAGAGAUCAAAAUUUUCGACUUCACUACUCACCAUAUAAAUACAGUGAGACUGUACAUUAUAGAGAUUAAUCUAAUAAUCUCACCUUCACCUUCCUUGGUGAAUACUCACAACAUCUCUCUGCAAUUCCUCUCGUAAAAAUAUGGCUCAGCCUCUCCUGAAGAAAGACGACGAUCGCGAUGACGAAGCGGAGUACUCUCCGUUUAUGGGGAUUGAGAAGGGGGCUGUGCUUCAGGAAGCUAGGGUUUUCAAUGAUCCGCAAUUGGAUGCACGCAGGUGCUCACAGGUCAUUACAAAGCUUCUGUAUCUUUUGAAUCAGGGUGAGACGUUUACAAAGGUUGAAGCUACAGAAGUGUUCUUUGCUGUCACAAAACUCUUUCAAUCAAAGGAUCUUGGUCUAAGGAGAAUGGUAUACUUGAUGAUAAAAGAGCUUUCUCCCUCAGCCGAUGAGGUGAUCAUCGUUACUAGCUCUCUUAUGAAGGACAUGAAUAGCAGAACAGAUAUGUAUCGUGCAAAUGCUAUUCGAGUCCUCUGCCGAAUCACAGAUGGGACUCUUCUCACACAAAUUGAGAGAUACUUGAAACAAGCCAUUGUUGACAAAAACCCUGUUGUUGCAAGUGCUGCCCUUGUUAGUGGAAUCCAUUUGCUUCAGACAAAUCCGGAGAUUGUGAAAAGAUGGAGCAAUGAGGUCCAAGAAGCUAUUCAGUCAAGGGCAGCACUCAUUCAAUUCCAUGCACUGGCGCUGCUGCACCAGAUAAGGCAAAAUGACCGUUUAGCUGUGAGCAAGCUUGUUACCAGUUUGACAAGAGGAACUGUUCGCUCGCCUCUAGCUCAAUGCCUCUUGAUUCGUUAUACUAGUCAGGUUAUAAGAGAGGCUACCAUGAGUAAUCAAACAGGGGAUAGGCCAUUCUAUGACUAUCUAGAGGGUUGCCUACGUCACAAAGCAGAAAUGGUUAUUUUUGAAGCUGCCAGGGCAAUCACAGAGCUUAGUGGUGUGACUAGUCGGGAAUUAACUCCUGCAAUCACUGUUCUACAGCUCUUUUUAAGCUCUUCCAAGCCAGUUCUUAGGUUUGCUGCUGUUCGCACCUUGAAUAAGGUGGCAAUGACACAUCCUUUGGCUGUGACAAACUGCAACAUAGAUAUGGAGAGCUUGAUUUCUGAUCAGAAUAGGAGCAUAGCAACUCUUGCCAUAACGACUCUGCUUAAAACCGGCAAUGAAUCAAGUGUUGAUCGUUUGAUGAAGCAGAUAACUAAUUUUAUGUCUGACAUUGCUGAUGAGUUCAAGAUUGUUGUGGUGGAAGCCAUUAGAUCAUUGUGUUUGAAGUUUCCCCUGAAGUACAGAUCUUUGAUGAAUUUCUUAAGCAAUAUUUUGAGGGAAGAAGGAGGAUUUGAGUACAAAAAGGCUAUUGUUGACUCAAUUGUGAUCCUGAUCAGAGACAUUCCAGAUGCUAAAGAAAGUGGGCUGCUUCACUUGUGUGAAUUUAUUGAGGACUGUGAAUUUACAUACCUUUCUACUCAGAUACUACAUUUUCUUGGAAAUGAAGGACCUAAGACAUCAGACCCCAGUAAGUACAUACGAUAUAUAUACAAUAGAGUUAUACUUGAGAAUGCAACAGUUCGGGCCAGUGCAGUGAGCACCUUAGCUAAGUUUGGUGCCUUGGUUGAUUCAUUGAAGCCCCGUAUAUUUGUGCUAUUGAAACGUUGCCUAUUCGACAGUGAUGAUGAGGUUCGCGAUAGGGCAACACUGUACUUGAAUACCCUUGGAGGUGAUGGUGCAGUUGUUGAAACUGAUGAUGAAGUGAAAGAGUUCCUAUUCGGGUCACUCGGUGUCCCUCUAAGUAAUCUGGAGACAAGUUUAAAGAACUAUGAGCCAUCAGAGGAGGCGUUUGAUAUUUUUUCUGUUCCCAAGGAAGUUAAAUCUCAGCCUUUGGCAGAGAAGAAAGCAUCGGGUAAAAAGCCAACUGGUUUGGGUGCUCCACCUGUCGGCCCCACCUCUAUUGUUGAUUCAUAUGAAAGAUUACUAUCCUCUAUCCCAGAAUUCGCUAGCUAUGGGAAGCUUUUCAAGUCAUCGGCGCCUGUGGAGCUCACAGAAGCUGAAACAGAGUAUGCGGUUAAUGUCGUGAAGCACAUUUUUGAUAGUCAUCUAGUGUUCCGGUACAACUGCACCAAUACCAUUCCUGGGCAAUUGUUGGAAAAUGUCUCUGUUAUUGUGGAUCCGUCCGAAGCUGAGGAAUUUUCUGAAAUAGCAUCCAAACCUCUCAAGUCUCUUCCAUAUGAUACUCCAGGGCAGACAUUUGUGGCUUUUGAGAAACCUGAAGGAGUCCCUGCUGUUGGGAAAUUCUCGAACACACUAAGUUUCAUUGUUAAAGAGGUUGAUCCAACCACUGGUGAGGCUGAAGAUGAUGGUGUUGAAGAUGAAUACCAACUAGAAGACCUGGAGGUUGUCGCUGCAGAUUACAUGCUGAAAUUGGGAGUCUCCAAUUUUAGGAAUGCAUGGGAGAGCUUGGGACCAGAUUGUGAACGCGUAGAUGAAUAUGGUCUUGGCCCAAGGGAAAGCCUGACUGAAGCAGUAAAUGCAGUCAUCAACCUUCUUGGCAUGCAACCUUGCGAGGGCACUGAGGUAGUCCCAAGCAACUCAAGAUCGCACACAUGUUUAUUAUCUGGUGUAUACAUUGGCAGCGUAAAGGUACUUGUUCGGUUAUCAUUUGGAUUGGAUGGGGCAAAGGAGGUUGCAAUGAAGCUGGCUGUUAGGUCAGAAGAUAUAUCUGUAAGUGAUGCAAUUCAUGAAGUUAUUGCAAGCGGCUAGGUUUCUUUACAUCGACCGAGAGAUACUAGUUGUUAAGGUGAUACUGUGGUGGGAUUUGACAAAGUCAAUUGGCUCUGCGAGAUACUCUUUGACGAGUUAUUGGAAUUCAUUCAUUUAUAUGACUAGUCGGAGUUGAUUAUUGUAGUUUAUCCAACUCUAACCGGUAUAUUUUUUGCCUCGUAUAUAUUUAAAGUGAUUUCUAAAGCAGUUUUCCCAAGCCUGAAACUUGGCAUUCAGCACA